CCCUACGCCCCGCCCCCGCCACCUAUUUGAGUCGCCGUGACAGCGCGCGCAGUUGCAAGUCGGAGUCGGUCUCGACGCUUCAUUCAUCCGGCAAUGGACGCAGGCAAAGGUAAGCGAAUGCAGCCAGCAUGGCACGCUCCGCAAGGCAGCAAUCGGCCGAAGCUGCACUUGUACAACAGCCUGACGAGGAACAAGGAGGAGUUUGUUCCACAGAAUGGGAACAACGUGCUCUGGUACAGCUGUGGCCCAACUGUGUACGACGCCUCGCACAUGGGCCACGCACGAUCGUACAUUUCCUUCGACAUCUUGCGGAGGAUAAUAUCGGAUUACUUUAAGUACGAUGUCUUUUACUGCAUGAACAUCACCGACAUCGAUGACAAGAUCAUCAAGCGAGCACGACAGAACUACCUGCUGGAGAAGUACAGCGCCGACAUGCAGGGUCCCCAGAGCCUCCUCAACGAUGUCGCCACUGCCUUAGUAGGCUUCCGCACGAAGCUGUCUGAGACGACGGAUCCCGACAAAAAGCAAAUGCUGGACAGGAUCUUGGCUGAAGUGGAGGAAGGGCUGGGGCGCCUGGAGGCUGCUCUCGCCAAAAGCGCCCCAGAGGAGGAACUCCAAUCCCUCACACAGGCGCUGCUCACCGAAGCCAGGGACCCCCUUUCCGAGUGGCUGGACGCACAACACGGAAGCGAGGUUACCGAGAACUCCAUCUUCUCGGAACUUCCACGCUACUGGGAGGCGGAAUUCCACCGUGACAUGGAGGCCCUGAAUGUUCUGCCGCCGGACGUUUUGACCCGAGUGAGUGAAUACGUCCCGGAAAUCAUCGCCUUCGUGCAGAAAGUCGUGGACAACGGUUUUGGCUACGAGUCGGGUGGGUCGGUGUACUUCGACACGGCGAGGUUCGACAGCAGCGAGCGCCACUCGUACGCCAAGCUUGUGCCCGAGGCUGUGGGUGAUCACAAGGCUCUGCACGAAGGAGAGGGCGACCUGAGCAUCAGCGCUGAGCGGCUGAGCGACAAGCGAUCCCAAAAUGACUUUGCGCUGUGGAAAGCCUCAAAGCCUGGGGAACCUUCUUGGGACUCGCCGUGGGGAAAGGGUCGUCCUGGGUGGCACAUCGAGUGCUCUGCAAUGGCUGGCUCCAUCCUGGGAGAGUCCAUGGACAUUCACGGCGGGGGCUUUGAUCUGCGCUUCCCCCACCAUGACAACGAAUUGGCGCAGUCCGAGGCCUACUUUGACAACGACCACUGGGUGCGCUACUUCCUGCACACGGGACAUCUCACCAUCUCCGGCUGCAAAAUGUCCAAGUCUCUCAAGAACUUCAUCACCAUCAAGGAGGCUCUGAUGAGCAACACGGCUCGGCAGCUCAGGCUGGCCUUCCUCAUGCACUCCUGGAAAGACACGCUGGAUUAUUCCUCAAACACCAUGGAGUCGGCCACCCAGUAUGAACGCUUUCUCAAUGAGUUCUUCCUGAAUGUGAAGGACAUUUUGCGAGCACCGACGGACAUCACGGGGCAGUACGAAAAGUGGGAAGAGUCUGAGAUGGAUCUCAACAAACUGUUUUACGAAAAGAAGGCGAGCGUCCACACGGCGCUCUGCGACAACAUCGACACGCGCGUGGCGCUGGAGGAGAUGAGGGCUCUCAUCGGCCACUGCAACACGUACAUCGCCAGCGUGAAGGGCCGCAAGGCAUCGCCCAACAAGGGCCUGCUCAAGAACGUCUCCCUGUACUUGACCCAGAUGUUCAAGAUUUUUGGUGCAAUCGAAGGGGACGAUGCAAUUGGAUUCCCAAUCACCGCCUGCCAGGGAACAAACCUGGAGACUGCAGUAAUGCCAUUCCUGUCCACCCUGGCCGAAUUCCGUGAAAGCGUCCGGCAAAUUGCCCGGGAAAAGAAGGUGAUGGAGUUGCUGACUUUGAGCGACACCCUACGCGACGACAUUCUGCCUGAGCUCGGUGUGCGACUGGAAGACCAUGAGGGUCUUCCCCCUGUUGUGAAACUCGUGGACAAGGAAUCUCUGCUAAAGGAGAGGGAAGAGAAGAAAAAGAUAGAAGAAGAAAAGCAACUUAAGAAGGAGGAAGCAGCCAAGAAAAAGCAAGAACAGGAGGCUGCAAAAUUGGAAAAAAUGAAGAUCCGACCUCAAGAAAUGUUUUUGAGCGAGACGGACAAAUACUCCAAGUUUGAUGGAAACGGGUUCCCCACGCACGACUCGGAGGGAAAGGAGAUCAGCAAGGGUCUCGCCAAGAAGCUGAGGAAGCUGUACGACGCGCAGGAGAAACUGCACAGCCAGUUUGAGCAAAUGAAUAUCUCCCAGUGAACAGAAUUGGCCAGCACGGCAUUUAAUGGCCAUGGAACAAUUCCUCCCACCCCCCCCCCCCCCCCGUCAUUCGUCAUUUAAUACAUUGUCAUUAUUUGUGGCCAUUCUAUUCAAGAUCAAUGUUUUUAUUAACAUUGUGUGAAUGUAACAACACUUGAAACAAUUGAAGUGCAUGUCAGAAUUGAGAAUAAUCGAUUCUCGCACGCACGAUUCGAUGCAUGCAUUGUGUGAGUGUGAGAUCAGUUUUAAUCUGAAUUGUUGCAUGUUACAUGCCAGGCCUUUAUCUCAUGGGGUGGUACAUUCCCAUUGAGUUUUUGAGAUGUUAACUCCUAUCUGAAGAAAGUUGUCAUUUGCUUUUGUUAAUACAGCCACUGCUGUACAGUAUCACGUGGAUAAUGGAAGGGUAAGUGGCAUAGCAUCCUGACCCCCCCAUGCCGUUGUUGACUUUUUGAUCAGAAUCUGUGGAUGUGCCAAUUUUUAGGUGGAGUGCAGAUAACGUUACAAGGCCAUCAUUAGCUCUUGUACGUAAAUGCCCACUGACACUUAUACAAUUACUCCCUUUGAUUUGGCUGGUUUUUUUACCUUUAAAAGUUGUACUUGCAUGAAUUAUACUUGGCUCGUACGUUUAUCAUAUAAUACGUGUUUUCUUUUCAUUUAUUUUCAAUGGUGUGUGUGUGGUGGAAGGGUGUUUGUUUAUGUUGGUGGUGUUUACAUGCAUUUUCAGGUUGCACGUUGUGGCACACUUUCUGUUAAAUUCAGCAUGGUGGUGUUAUCCGAACGAAUAUAAAUCACUAAAACAUUUGUUACACUUGUAUUGUUGUUUAGCAAGUUUAAUGUGUGAAGUUUUAUAACAUUACAAAUCCUUCCACGUGAUUCAUUUGUGCUAAGCAAGAAUUUUUUUUUUAUUCACCACUCUGCAUGCUAUCGCCAUCAUUUUGGAUUUAAAUCUAGAAAAGCCGCACGCAAAGCUGUAAAUUGUGAAAUUUGACUGGUGAUUUUGUAACAUGCCAUCACACCACGAAUUGGCAAACUAGAUUUAACAGUGAAAAGACUACAUUACUCACACACAUCUCCUAAUUAUAAAACUAAACAUAAUUAUUACAGUAUCAUUCAUGCUAAUUGUAUUAUCACAUUAAGGGCUGUAUCCUAUUUGUAGCACUUAUUAAGUAAAUUAAAACCCUCAGAAAAUAAAAAUGAAAAACAAAUCAAGAGGUCGUCUAAACACAAAUGGUUUACACAACAAAAAAGUUAUUGCAACAACGGUAUCGAAAAUUGUCUUUGCUCCUUGCACCAGCAAGAUAAAUGGGUCCACUAAGUAAUUAAGUGGUUAUGAAGACCCCAAGUUGAAUAAUGUAUUUUUUUAAUAUUAUAUUUGAGUAGCAUAAUUUACAGCCCCUUUAUCAAUCCACUGCUUACCUUAACAUUUUUAUUUUACCAGGUAAGGCCCACUAAGCUAUACAACUCUUUCAGAAGCGACCUGGCCACAAAUGAUAGCUCAACGAAGUGGCUUAUUUGGAAAUUUAUAGCAACCUAACACUCUAAACGCACGUUACUGAAUGUGGAGGGAAAACCGGAGGACCUGGAUAAAAAUCCACGUGACCGUGUGGAGAACAUGCAAACUCCAAAUAUACAGGCAUCAGGGUUUGGAGUCAAACCCACAGCCUCCUGUAUUCCAGGCGAGGUAGUUAACAUCUCCCCACCAUGGCUGAAUGGAGUCUUCUCCAUGCCAUGUACUCGUGGUAGUUGUUUUACCACGCAUUAUUACGCAGGUCAGUGUGGGUUGGUGAAGUUCCAAGGGUUCAGAUAUGAUCUGCCACAGAUCUUAAUCAUUGCUGGAAAUCUAACUUGGGUCUCACAUGCAUCAUGCAGUGCACGAACCACUGCCACCAUUCUGCCUGAAUUAAUUAGCAUGAAUAUAGCCAGUUGAAAAUUGCCCAUACUGUAUUUGUUCGUCUUUCAUAAAACUGUACUUUAAAUCCAAAGUGAAGGUGAAUGGGUUCUUGAGACAUUUUCUUAUAACGAAUGUCAAUGUCACUCAUUAAAAUCCUGUGUUUUAAUGGCAAUUGUCGUUUUUAAAAAGUACAUUCAUCAUUGUCAUGUAACGUAGACAAUGCUAUUUAUGUGGUAUUUUGAUGAAAUUAUGCUGCUGGUGCAUAUAAUAAAAUACUUUAUCACGAA